GUGUGAGAAGAGAAACUAGGCUCUCAGGGCGACAGGAGGGAAGGAGAUGUAGAAGGAAGCUGCAGGAGAGCAGAAAGGAAAGAAAAAGAAGGAACCAAAGAUCGAAGAUCAGUUGCCUGGAACACAGCAGAGUGUCUGCGCACUGUCCGAAUCACCUCUGCUCAGCGCCCCAUGCCAUGGAUAUAAUAUUUGGCAGAAAUAAGAAGGAGCAGCUGGAACCUGUGAGGGCCAAAGUGACAGGCAGGAUUCCCACAUGGCUGCAGGGCACCCUGCUGCGCAAUGGGCCUGGAAUGCACACAGUGGGGGAGACCAGAUACAACCACUGGUUUGACGGCCUGGCCUUGCUCCACAGCUUCACAAUUAGAGACGGUGAAGUCUAUUACAGGAGCAAAUACCUAAGAAGUGACACCUACAAAGCCAACAUCGAGGCCAACAGGAUUGUUGUGUCGGAGUUUGGAACGAUGGCCUAUCCGGACCCCUGCAAAAAUAUAUUUUCCAAAGCUUUCUCCUACUUGUCCCAUACUAUCCCCGAUUUCACAGACAACUGCCUGAUUAACAUCAUGAAGUGUGGAGAAGACUUCUAUGCGACCACAGAGACCAAUUACAUCAGGAAAAUCAACCCACAAACUCUGGAGACCCUGGAGAAGGUUGACUAUCGCAAAUACGUGGCUGUAAAUCUGGCAACAGCACAUCCCCAUUAUGAUGCAGCUGGAAAUGUUCUGAACAUGGGCACAUCCAUCAUAGACAAGGGGAAGACAAGAUAUGUGGUCUUUAGGAUCCCUGCCGCUGCACCAGAGAACAAGAAGGGGACGAACCCCUUGAAGCACACGGAGGUGUUCUGCUCCAUCACUUCCCGCUCCCUCCUCUCCCCGAGCUAUUACCACAGCUUCGGAGUCACCGAGAACCACAUCGUUUUCCUUGAGCAGCCUUUCAAGCUGGAUAUCCUCAAAAUGUCAACCGCGUACAUCCGGGGAGCAAACUGGGCCUCCUGCCUGGCCUUCCACAAGGAGGACAAGACUUACAUUCAUGUCAUCGACCAGAGGACCAGGAAGCCUCUGCCCACCAAGUUUUACACGGACCCCAUGGUGGUCUUUCAUCAUGUCAACGCCUACGAGGAAGAUGGCUGCCUUCUGUUUGACGUCAUCACCUACGAGGACAGCAGCCUUUACGAGCUCUUCUACUUGGCCAACCUGAACCAGGACUUUGAGGAGAACUGCAGGCUCACCUCCAUCCCCACCCUCAGGAGGUUCGCCGUGCCCCUCAGUGUGGACAAGAAUGCAGAAGUGGGCUCAAAUUUAAUCAAACUGACAUCUACAACAGCAAAAGCCCUGAAGGAAAAAGAUGACCAAGUCUACUGCCAGCCAGAGUUGCUUUAUGAAGGCCUAGAGCUGCCUCGGAUCAAUUAUGCUCGCAACGGGAAGCCAUAUCGCUACGUCUUUGCUGCCGAAGUUCAGUGGAGUCCCAUCCCAACCAAGAUACUGAAAUACGAUGUUCUCACAAAGUCAUCCUUAAAAUGGGGACAGGAGCAUUGCUGGCCAGCAGAACCCCUCUUUGUUCCCACACCGGGUGCCCAGGACGAAGAUGAUGGGAUUAUCCUAUCAGCCAUCGUGUCUACCGAUCCCCAAAAGCUGCCUUUUCUGCUUAUUCUGGAUGCCAAAAGUUUUACAGAAUUGGCUCGUGCAUCCAUCGAUGUAGAGAUGCACCUGGACCUCCAUGGGUUAUUCAUCCCAGACACAGACUGGGAUGCGAGGAAGCCGGCCCUUUCCCAGGAAGAGCGGGACCGGGCUCCAGACAGCUGCGUGGCCCCGCAGGCCUGACCGGGGUGGGGCCUGGGCCUUGGGCCCUGGGCAGAAGGGCUCCACUGGCAGGCUCCUGCAGGACUGCAGGCUUGCUUCCUCUCUGGGUGAAGGGGAGGUCCUUCAUUUCGUUUGCACUUCUUCUUUCUGUGGUUGCUUUGAGAAAAAGGUGUGGAAAUCGUGCUUGUUAAUAUCUUUUCUUUCCACUUAUUUUGGCCAUAAAGACCUGGUUUGAAAGUGGAUAAAUAUUUAUUGAUUAGCUCAAGCCCUUCUAAGAAAGUCUUUUUCAUUAUGACAAUGAUAGUGACUAGAAACUGUACUAAGUCACAUAGUCAACCUUCUUAGAAUGAGCAACCACUGACAUCUCAGAGGAGAGACAAGUAAACAUUCAUCACUUCUCCUUCCUGCCGCCCCUUCUCGCCCUCUUUCCAGUAGACUAGCUUGUGGAUCUAGGAGCUGUAGCUUUCUCCACUGUGACUUUAGUAAAUUAUAUGGCCAGGAAGGCAUAUUGCUUUGGGGUCAUUCCAUGCAAGGUAUGGCAUAAUUUAAAAUAAUAAAAACUUUAAAGUCUGCUCUAACCUUAUUUAAUUUUUCCAUGGCUUCUUUCUUCUGAAGUGCUUCUAAGGCAAUAAAAUAGAGGAGCUGGACAGUUUGUAGGCUGCUAGAUGCCCCACUGUACACCCAGUGGGACGGCAGACUGGUGUGGGCAUCCCCCUCUGCAGGACAAGGGUGAGGGACUGGACACUCACCCAGCUUGCCAUGGCCAGGGGGCUGGAAUCCAGGAUUGAGGCCCAGGCCUGGGCUGGCAUGAGGAGUUCUUGCCUAGCUGAGAACGAGGGCAGUGAGCCAUCCCACUGUCUAUAUGGGAAAGGAGGGUCCCCAAGCUGAAUGCGCUGCCAGGAUGGGCUAGGUGUCUGCACAGAGGUGGUGGUAGCGACGGUGGAAGCUGGGAACAAGCCCAGAAGCGUCGCAAGUGAGCACCGGGAGCUUCACGGAUAGUCGAGUCUCACCUUUGUGGUCUAGCGGGUGCCUAGUUUAGACACCCAAACGCAGGCUGGAUAAUUCCAACAUGCCCAUGUCAUAGGAUUGGGGGAGCUGGGAGCCCACCCUUAUUCUGCACCUGCCUCCUGCCGUAAGUCUGAAUUUCAUUCGGUCACCGGUAUGGAUUCAGUGACAUGUCUUGAGGGCAGGAAGGAAUCUCCGGCGACACUGCAUGAAGGAAUCUCCAGCGACACUGCCCCCAGAGGGGGCAGCCCUCUCAAGGGUAGUCUUGGCUUUUGCCGUCUGCCCGCCAUGAAGCCAUACUUAGCUCGACUCCC